AUGAACGGAGGAAGGCGAAGAGGUGGGAUGCUUCCGCUACUGGCGCUGCACGCGUUGAGCGAGUACUACAGGCUGGACAGAAAGCCGCCUGUCACGGCGGGGCUUAUAGCGGCCAACACCAUAAUUUACUUGAGACCCGGGUACCUCAAUCGGAUUCUCCCUACUCUUAAUGAGGUCUGGUUCAAUCCCCACCUCAUCCUCAAGCACAAGGAUCUGAAGCGCUUUCUCUUGUCAGCAUUCUAUCACAUUGGCGACUCUCACCUUGUUUAUAAUAUGUUAUCACUAUUAUGGAAGGGAAUCCAGUUGGAGAAUUCAAUGGGAAGUGUUGAAUAUGCAUCUAUGAUUGCGACUUUAGUCGGUAUGUCCCAAGGAAUGACACUACUGCUAGCUAAAUUUCUUUUGCUUUUCGACUACGAGAGAGCAUAUUACAAUGAAUAUGCUGUGGGAUUUUCUGGUGUGCUUUUUGCCUUGAAAGUUGUCCUCUAUUCCCAGUCAGAUAACUAUACAUACGUUCAAGGGAUAAUGGUACCGUCUCGUUAUGCUGCUUGGGCAGAGCUUAUUCUCAUCCAAAUGUUUGUUCCGGGUGUCUCUUUCCUCGGCCACCUUGGGGGAAUUCUUGCAGGCCUUCUCUAUUUAUUUGUACGAUCUUCAUAUUCGGGUCCUGAUCCCUUGACGAAGAUAAUCAGAGGUGUGACCAGUAUUCUUAGGUGGCCUUUGCAAUCUCUACUGGGCAUGUUUCGUUUUUCACGAAGGAGAAUUCAUGGUGGGGGAACUGUUGGUGGGAGUCGGUCGAGACAUGUAUCUGGUGUAUGGAGAUGUCAAGCAUGUACGUUUGACAAUUCAGAUUGGUUAAGUGUUUGUGAAAUGUGUGGGACACAUUGUGAUGACGGUUUGUCUUCUUUAGAUACUCCGUCCCGUUUCGAUGACCUUGCUCUAGAUGAAUUACGACAGCGUAGAGUUCAGAGGUUUGGAAGAUGA